AUGCCUCCAAACCUCAGACCUCUUUCUGACGACGUCCCUCCCGGGAACAAAGAGCAACAUGGAUCAAAGAAGGCUCCUUCCCCGCUUGUCUCCGUCUGUACUACGCCCAUUCCGUCACCAGAGGAGCAAAGCCAGAAUAGGGUCGAUGAGAAAAGCACCCUUGAUGGUGCAGAUCCUAACUGCGGGGUGGUUUAUAUCAACCCCGACUUGUCGCUAAUACACGACCCCAGCCUACCACAUGAGGCCCAACCACCACUUGAACAAAGUCUUUACCGACCUUCAUCUGGAGAGCCUCCGUCCCAUGACUCGGUUCACCGAGUCCCUGUCAGUCGUGUGACAACCGAUGCCGACGGAAACACCUAUCCCGAAGGAGGACUCGAAGCAUGGCUCGUGGUACUAGGAAGCUUUAUGGGGCUUUUCGCCUCGCUGGGCCUGAUAAACACCAUUGGCUCUUUUCAAGCAUACCUCCAGACCAAUCAAUUAAAGAACUACAGCUCUGGAAGUAUAGCAUGGAUCUUUGGGAUAUUCGCCUUCCUCACUUUCUUUGGUGGGGUCCAAAUCGGUCCUGUUUUUGACGCCAAAGGACCUCGACUUCUGGUUCUUAUGGGCUCCGCCUUGGUAAUGGUUAUGGUAAUUACCCUGGGAUUUUGCACCCAGUACUGGCACUUUAUUCUUUCAAUUGGCAUCGCUGGAGGCCUCGGGACGUCCUUAAUCUUCACCCCCGCCAUAUCCGCUGUUGGCCACUUUUUCAACGCAAGACGUGGAGUCGCAACCGGCGUGGCGGCCACAGGUGGCUCCAUGGGAGGUAUUGCUUUCCCGCUCAUUCUGGAGACCUUGUUCCCGAGGCUUGGGUGGGCAUGGGCAACUCGAGUGGUUGCGCUGGUCUGCUUGGUUUCUCUCAUCAUCUCCUGCUUGUUGAUCAAGUCGCGUCUGCCGAAAAAGCCUGCCUCCAAGGAGAAUGUACUUCCCGAUUUUCGAAUCUUCCGAGACCCUGGGUUCGCUUUGACUACGGCUGGUAUUUUCUUCAUUGAGUGGGGUCUAUUUAUCCCCGUUAGCUACAUCUCAACCUAUGCCCUAGCCCAUGGCGCCUCCGAAAAGCUAUCUUAUCAAGUGUUAGCCUUUCUUAACGUGGGCUCGGUCCUAGGAAGAGCAAUUGCGGGAUUCAUCGCAGACUACGUAGGUCGAUUCAAUGCCCUCAUCGCGACAGUAGCCCUCUGUCUUGUCUGCAACACGUGCCUUUGGCUUCCAGCCGGUAGCAGCCUCCCUGUUAUCAUCGUAUAUUGUGUCUUAUUCGGGUUUGCAAGCGGAAGCAACAUCAGUCUCACCCCAGUUUGCAUCUCCCAGCUCUGCAAAAUCGAGAACUACGGGAGAUAUUAUGCCACAGCAUAUACCAUUGUAAGCUUUGGCACAUUGACCGGCAUGCCGAUUGCAGGCGACAUCCUCUCCCGCUGCAAUGGAAAUUACUGGGGCCUCAUUACCUUUACAAUCUGCUGCUAUGCUGUCGGUCUUGUCUGCGUGACCUCCGCAAAGCUGGUCCACGUUGGCUGGCGCCGACCCUGGGUUGUUUACUAA